AUGGCGGAAAUGCCCAUUGUCCUCGACGGAGGAACCGGUUUCCUCAAGGUCGGCUAUGCCGCCCAGAACUUCCCAGAGCACCAGUUCCCCUCGAUAGUGGGGCGGCCCAUCCUGCGGACGGAGGAGCAGUCCGGCGACAUUGUGGUGAAGGAUAUCAUGUGCGGUGAUGAAGCCGCUGCUGCCCGUUCAAUGCUUCAGAUCAGCUACCCGAUGGAGAAUGGUAUCGUUAAGAAGUGGGAUGAUAUGCAACAUCUGUGGAACUACACCUUUUACGACAAGAUGAAGAUCGACCCUACCGGCCGCAAGAUUCUCCUCACCGAGCCCCCGAUGAACCCGCUCAAGAACCGCGAGCAAAUGACGGAGGUCAUGCUGGAGGGAUACAACUUCGGAGGCGUCUAUGUGGCGAUUCAGGCGGUGCUGGCACUGUACGCGCAGGGUCUCAGCAGUGGGGUUGUUGUCGACUCCGGUGACGGUGUGACGCACGUUAUUCCCGUGUAUGAGUCCACCGUGCUCAACCACCACAUUCGCCGCCUCGACGUUGCCGGCCGCGAUGUCACUCGCAACCUCAUCGCCCUCCUCCUGCGCCGCGGUUAUGCGUUGAACCGAACCGCCGAUUUCGAGACCGUGCGCCAGAUCAAGGAGAAGCUCUGCUACGUCUCCUACGACCUCGAGCUUGACAAGCAGCUGUCUGAGGACACCACUGUCCUUGUCGAGUCCUACACCCUCCCCGAUGGACGUGUAAUCCGUGUCGGCAGCGAGCGUUUCGAGGCCGCCGAGUGUCUCUUCCAGCCUCACCUGGUUGAUGUUGACCAGCCUGGUAUCGCUGAACUGCUCUUCAACACCAUCCAAGGCACCGAUGUCGAUAUUCGAUCUAGUCUAUACAAGGCUAUUGUGCUCUCCGGUGGUAGCAGCAUGUACCCCGGUCUGCCUUCGCGGUUGGAGAAGGAGCUGAAGCAGCUUUGGCUCACCCGAGUUCUGGGCGGCAACCCGGAACGUCUGAACAAAUUCAAGGUCCGCAUCGAAGACCCUCCUCGACGGAGGCACAUGGUCUUCCUAGGUGGUGCCGUGCUUGCCAACCUGAUUGCCGACAAGGACGACAUGUGGGUAUCCAAGCAGGAGUGGCAGGAACAGGGUGCGCGCGCCCUGGCGAAGCUCGGCCCACGAUAA